UCAAAGAUAACACACAAAAAACGGAGGAUUUGGGUGCAACCAAGUGAAACAACUUGGUGUAUUUCUCUGUAUGACUACACCAUACAAAACCCUCGUGUAGUUUUGAUUAAUUUAAUGGCUGUAUAGCUACUAAAACAUUGGCAGUGGACUAUAUAACGGCAGAAACAUAAACAGUGCGUUAAACUACUCAUGCCAUUUGGUAGAAUAAAACUCUACAAAGGAUAAUAAAAAGUUGUGGUGAAGUAGGCAGCGAUGUCCGUCACGGGUUCACGCCGUAGUUCAUCUGUAUCCUUCGGUGGUACUUCGAUGCGAUCAGACGCAACAUGGCUCACCCAGAAUGGCACACACAACAUGGGCAAAGGAGAAAUGCUAUUUACAGGACCAGGCGGAGUUCGUAACUAUCGACCACACGUUGUGACCGAUGAUAGAAUGGUCGGAAUUGGUACAAUGUCUCAGGAGGGUACCAGUGAACUGCGUUAUAUAUGGAGAGGAGGUCCUGGUUCCCCGCACCCUGUCUCCAGGGGGAAGUGGGCGGGGGAAAUAGGGUGGCUCGUCCCUCCCUAUGUAGACUGGAAGAACUUCACAAGUGGGAAACAAAUUAAGAUGGGAGAUUUCAGAAAAGCGCAGGAGGAGAAAAAUACCCACAGAUUUCAAGAGCCUUGGUAUCCAGCACCGAACCAUCCCGAUUAUCCCAAAAUGUUCCCUCAGACAAACUAUUACAAAACCCACAAUACCAGUCCAUACGCAGGCAAUCAGCAUCACAGUGCGCCUAUGCGGCGCCCUCACACUGUGGCGUCUUACCAACAAGAACAUCAUGGAAGCUUUCCGAGUCUAUCAGAUGGGGGUAGUAGACCCCAAAGCGGACAUAACUCUCUUUCAUCGGGAAGUGACCGAUCAGGCUUUAGGAGAUCGCAAAGUCAAAGCAACUCUAUGUAUAGUAUCCAUCCACCAAGUCUACGUAGUAGUAACUAUGCAAACCAGUCUGGUAACCCGUCUCAUCAUUCACAAAGUAACAGAGGGAGUGCUGUGUCAAGGAACUCUCGGCAAGGUUCGAAGAGAUAUGGGUCAACACCCUCGGCAACGCAAACCACAGAUUUUAGCAACGCUUCUUACAGAUCAUCGCCAGGAAAACCAGAGUAUUGAGUUUAAACCUAGUAUCAAGACUUAAAUAAGCUUGGACUUGGAUCGAUCAUGAGGUGGGCUGUGGCUGAGUAGUUCAGAGCACCAGGCUCAAGCACGUACUAAACUCGCGGGCUCUGUUAUUUCUGAUCAGCAGAGUGUGGGACGGGUUCGAGUCCUGGUCAUGACACUAAGUGCUUCGUCCUUUGGAUGGGACAUUUUAAGCCAUGUGUUCUAAGAUUUGUAGGGCAUGUCAAAGAACCCAGAACACUUUUUAUCAAGGAAGAGUAGGGAUUAAUCCUUGUGUUAUUGGUGAAAACCCUUGUUGAUACCCUUGUUUACAUGUUUCCUCAACUAAGUUUCAGUGGUGGAUAAUCUGCAAGCAAUUUAUACUUAAAUGAUAACAUAAUAUUUCAUAUCAUUUUUGCAAUAUUUGAAGUGCAUUUCUUUAUAAAGGUGUUUGAAAAAAUUGCAUGGUGUGAAGUGAUUAAUUGUGCAAGAAUUAUUUUUAUAUUAAAUGGUGUAUCGAAAAUUUUUGCAGUAUCUGAUGGACUUAUACAUUUCUGUGGAAAUGAAGUGUGCUUUGGUAUUUUUUGCCAGCUGCAUAGACAAGAUUUAAACAAUCAAGUAAUAGACCGCAAUGAAACUCACUGGGUAAUUUUUCAAUAAUUUGGGGUGGAACAAAGUACAUGGAAGUGUGCUCUUUAUUUUAAAUCUAUUUUUAAAAUAUUUUAAAUUGUUGCGAUUUUGGAUGAUCCUUUUUAUAUAGUAGUAGAGCAGAUUUCGAUUCUUUAAAAUACACCACCAAAUGUUUAUCACAAACCAAAAUACUUUCAUUUGAUGCUGGUAUUAUUAUUUCUUGUUGUAAAUGUGGUUGUGAUUUUCCAGCUUGGUUUUGCAUAAAGUUAAAACAUUGUGCAAUGUUUCAAACAAAGUUUUCAG